AUGCGAUACUUCCAGACGAGCUCGCAAAUUUCAAGAUCCGUCACGUGUCUGCGCCCCUCUCGAAGGCGAGCACAGGAGGAGGUGGAGGUGGAGGAGGUGAAUGUGGAGGUGGAGGAGGCGAAUGUGGAGGUGGAGGAGGAUGACACGAAUCCUUCACUGCGACUUUUUUGCACGAGAGGCAAAAAUAAAGCGUGCGUCGCCAUGGCAACCACCAAGCGAGUCUCCAUCCUCCAUCCUUCCCCCGCCCUCUCCCCAUCCUCGAUCCUUCAUUCCCCGCCUCCGUUCGGCCACGUCGACACCCCCUCGAAGAGUCAUGGACUGCCCAUCCGUGGAUCCCAGAGCGGUGCUCCGAAGAUGAACGCGACGUUUCCGCAUCAGAAGCUGUCGUCCUUCUGCGGCAACCUGACCGCGACGAUCGGGGAGCUGAUGGGGAACCUCUCGACCAUCCUCCAGGGGGAAUCCGGGAAGGACGACGACGCCAGCGCCGUCGUGUACAUCGUGGUCGUGCUCUCCUUCUACUCCCUGGGGAUCGUGGUGAUGAUCUUCAAGUACAUGCAGAAGGAGAAGCGGGAGUUUGAGGAGACGAAGAUGUACUCGGAGUAUCUGGAGGCAGCGAGGUCCAAGAACUUCCAGUCCCGGUUUCGGCCGAUGAAUCGUCUCGCGCUGAAUGCGCUCAACACGGUGAACGUCUUCCCCGCUGGGGAUAGCUCCAGGGUCACCUUCGUUUGAUGUGUCGUCUGGCUUCUUCGUCGGGUAAAAUAAAUGAAUAUGAAUCAUAUCGAUGAGAUUUUUGAAUAUGAAAUAAAAUGAAGC